UGGUAGCAGCAGCAGCAGCCAGCAACACAACGCCGCCUCUUGUUCCUGCUGGUGUGUGCCGAUGCCGCAGUAGCGGCCGCUACUCAACGGUCCCGAGUAUAGAUUUUCGAUUAGUGCAAGGUGGAACGUGGAUGAUAAUGUGCCGGUCCGACACCUGCUGACCGUCCCCGAAGGUCGUCGUCGUCGUCGUCGUCGUCGUGUGUCUGAGAAAACGAGGGACGACAACGGGAGAACGGAGAGUGUGUGCGAGAGGGAAAGGGAAAGGGAGAGAGAGAAAGAGUGAGAGAGAUCGAUUUCCCUCUCGAGCGUGUGCGUGAACAGUGCUAACUGAUUUCAGGAUCGUCCAUGAUCGAUGAGACGGGGGCAGCCGUCGAGGAUGCAGCUCGAGAUGAUCUACGGGACACUGCUGUCCAGGCUGGUAGCGUUCUACGCGUUCAUGCUUCACUCAGGUAUCGUGGCCCUUCGCAUGACGGCCCUUCAGAUACCGCGUCACGUCGUUCUAAAUGAGACGGUCCACAUGCAGUGCAAUUUCAACCUGGACAAGGAGGUAUUGUACUCGGUGAAAUGGUACAAAGACGGUCACGAAUUUUAUCGUUACGUGCCCAUGGACGUGCCAAAUGUACAGACCUUCCGUGUUCUUGGGGUGAACGUGAACACACGCAAUUCCACGGAGAGAUCGGUGGUGCUCAACAACGUCAACCUCGCCAGUUCGGGCAGGUAUCGAUGCGAGGUGUCCGCCGAAGCUCCCGCCUUCCAAACCGUGUCUGAUCACGCCGAUAUGACGGUGGUCGUGCUUCCUGACGAAGGACCACGGAUAAGCGGCGGUCGUUCUCGCUACCAAGUUGGAGACGUUGUUCGUAUGAAUUGCACGUCUGCGCCCUCUAACCCGGCUGCCCUGUUGGCUUGGUACAUCAACGGCGACCGGGCCGAUGCCCAGUACCUGAGGGGACCGCACAUUACCACGGUGGACGAGAAGGGCCUGGAAACCGCGGUACUGGGCUUGGAGUUUCGCGUCGCCAACAAACACUUCAAACGAGGCGACAUGAAGCUAAAGUGCUUGGCGACAAUAGAGACCGUCUAUCUGCAGAGCAACGAGGAGAGCGUGGAGGGAGACGAGAGGAUCCUGAAAGCCCCUGUAAUGGAGAGCCGUGAGACUAGAGCGCAAAGCCACACUCGUAAUGAUUUAACGAAUGGUGGUCAAACUGCAACGAUACUUAACUGGAUGAUCGUCGUUCCGAUCACGUGGAUCGUCCUGGCGCGAUAAUAACAACACCUUUUUUUCACGUCGCUUCCUAAGAGUGUAAAGCGUGUACGUUAGGAGAUCGUUCCCAUCGUAUCUAAUACUAAUUUGUAAGUCGCGUAAUCGUAAUUAAAUAUCAUAUCGAUAAACAUGAUAAGGGUGACGUCCAACCGAGUGUCGUCAACAUACAAACAUUGGCGGAUCCAUAAACAAAUUUUCAUGUUUAAUCUUCAUCGUUUCGAUUUUCCAUUUCUCUUUUCUUCUUAAAUAUGGUCGAGACCAGUGGCGUGAUCAAGUGUUUCGAUCCCUUAGAAAUCGUUUCGAGCCAGUUAUUUUUAUUGAAAUAAAUUUUAAUUAAACCAGAGGUUUCGCCAUCAUACAUCUUUGUAAGAAUACUGUCAACGAAUUAGUGAAAUUUACUCGGUAAAAAUGAAUCCAGAUACAAUUUUAUUAAUCCUUAGCAGUCCAACGAUUUGAUUUAUAGCGUAUAUACAUUACGAGUAACAAAACAACUGUCAAACAAUAUGCUUUUGAAUUUCAUUUAGUAGCUUCUCUCUCGUUAGACGAUUUAAAUCCAGAAAAUAGACAUUUUGAUUAAGCUUAUAUUAUUUAAAAUAUGUAAAUUAUUCUGUUUGUGAUUAAAAUUAGGCUGAAUGAGGUCGUGUUCUGAUUCAUUUUUCCAUAGAAAACCUCACAAAUCUGUCGAUAAUGCUGUCAUCGGAAUAUCAUGAAAAUUAUACAAAUCUCAAUUUUCAUUGAAUGAGUCAUUUCCCUACUCAUCUUUCCCCUCAUUUGUGACUCACAGCCCUUCCCAGAUAUAACUACAUCAGCAAACUCGGAUAAAGACGUUACAUCGAGAGAACCCUGCAUAGAUCUGUCAAUUACAAUUUUCAAGACACUUUCAUUCGCCCUUCGAUUUCUAUUUUUACAGAAAAAUUGAUUUUUAUGGAUCCGCCAUUGGGUAAUAAACCAAAGUAUGUUCUAGGCUCUAAAUGUAUUCUUACGUGGAGAAAAGAAAAGUCUUGUUUGAAACAUAUCCAUGGACUUAACACAGUUAAAAAGAAAAUAUCAAAAGAGACACAGAAACGAGAGACUAUGAAAUACUGAGGAAACAUAAAUCCGUCUCUCCGUGCGCAUGUAUGUUAGGUCGUCCAGAAGUCUUUUUAGCAGAGUGUCGCAAAGUUCUGGUUGCUUUUCAGACACGGAUACAUAUUAUUUUUUACUACAAUUUUACAAGGAUCUUCCACUUUGUACGGCAUAUCAUUUUAUAACACUUCACGGAAAGAUUUGUGGAAAGGUUUCUUUUUUCUAUUGUAUAUCGAGAACUUGCAAUUGUUUCGUACAAACGCCACGGAAAGCAAUCAUGCACAAUUUCUGAUAGUUAGUUUCGCUAAAUACAGUGCUGGGUAUCCAUUAGUUCAAGUACAUGUCCAAUUGUUCAUUGUGGUAGGUGUAAUGUAAAUAUUCGUCAAGAUGUAUCCCUUCAGGAAGUAUUUCAAAUAAUCGAAGCUCCACGCUUCGAAGUAAUCACUUUAUAACACAGGAAUAUCAAAGUAAACUCUGUAAAAUAAUUCAUCGAAAUAACGCGACUGAAACAAUAAUAUUUCUAAAGAAAUAAAAAUUCUCUUCUCAAUCAUCGAUAAGUCCAUCUUUGUCGAUAGUUUAACACAUAAUUUAAGUAACCGAAGCACAACCCUAAAAUAAGUAAUUCCGCAACAACGCUAAAGCUAUACAUAAAGGAGUGUCAAAAUAAUGUAUCUGGAAUGGCCGAUUUUCUAAAGAGCAUCACAUUUUCUCACAAUGAAAUUCCUCCUACAUUACGAAUAUAAGUUGAUACUUUAAUGAAUUUUUUUACGUAACCGAAGCACAAAGCGUUCAAGUAGUCGUUUGAUGACGUAAUAUGGAUAUAAAUUCAUACUGCAGUGUAUUAAGCGAACAAUUUCCGCGCAACAUUCUUCCAAUUAAUUCAAGCAUUGCUUAACCCUCGUAAUACCAAGCUUUUUUUGUUGCAUGGAUCACCAGGAGGGUGAUCUUAAACCUGUUUAAUCUGAACUAGGCAAAUUUUUAUUGAAAUGAAAAUAAGAAAUAAUUAUUUGAAUCGAUUCAUUUGGUAUCGUUACUUCGUAUACAGUUAUUUGAAAAUAAAAAUAAUAUCAAUUCAUUUGGAAUAACAGCUAUUUCAAAUAACGAAUUAUUUCAUCGUUUUUUUUUUUUAUUUCAUAUUUAACGAAGGGAAUGAUUUUCAAAAUAAUAUGCAAUAAAAGGAAUUUAUUUUAAGUUUACGAACCAUGUGCAAUUGUUCACAUUUUUUCAAAUUUUCAUGAAACAGUACUUAUGCUCUCUUAUAAAGAGAUACUUUUAGAUAAUAUUUCAUUUAUUUAGAAUCGGUAAAUAAUUAUUUUGGUAAGAUCGACACGAAGUAUCACCCCCUGCCCGUGGUAUUGCGAGGAUUGAAACUUGAAUCGGUAGAAAAUGGAACCCAGCAUCGACUCCGAGGUGUACCUCACGCAACAUAAUAAUCUCAGCUAUAAUGGCAUUCAGGAAUAUAUUUUUAUCUAGAUUUUUAUAUUCGACGAUUGCGCGAUUUGAUCGUGUUCGUGUCCUGAUUUUCCCGCGAUAGUGUAAAACGAUAGAUCCCUGCAGAUGACUUUCUGCGAACACGUACUUUCAGUCUGAGGAAUUGAAAAGCAUCGAGGGGAAAAUAUUAGACGCGCCCUAACGUGGCACCAUCGAAGGAAAACAUUUUAAAGCUAAUACUUAAGAGUGUCAUAUUAUUGUGUCGAUGUUUCAGCCAAAAAAAAAAAAAAUUGUCUUCGCUUUCAUGCGUUCAGUGCAGACCUGGGCAUAUUUUAAUUGAAAUGAAAAUAAGAAAUAACUGUUUGAAAUAGUUGAUUUCGAACUGUUAUUUUUAAUACAGAUAUUUGGAAAUAAAAGUGAUAUCAAUUCAUUUUAAAGAAGCUAUUUAAAAUAAAGAAUUAUUUCUUUAUUUUUGUAUUUCAAAUUUAACGAAAGAAAUAAUCCCCAAAAUGAUAUUAUCGUUAUUUAAGAAAUUUGUAUACGAGUUAUUUCGUAAGUUCAUAAUGUUACUUCAUAAGUGCCCAGAUCUGAUUCACUGCAUGUUGUGUAUGAGGUUUCACCCGUGACAUUAACCCGAGCCCCAGGGUGCAUCGAACCACCCCUGAGUGACGUAAAUGGCGUGUUCGUUUCGUUUUAAGCGAGUCUUUCUUGUGAAAUUGCUGAACAACGGGACAUGCAUUUGUUUAAUUAUUCUUUUCGAAUUAUAUAAACGUCAUUCACGUAAUGUUUAAAUAUUAUAACAGAAAUUUUAUUCUACGCGACAUCCUGUACGCUAAGGUACAUUUUACUUUUGUUCCAAUUGUGAUGUACGAUGUGUAGCAAAAAUAUUGGAAUACUCACUUAUCCUUAAGUGUCUUUAAGUGUUUAAAUGGUAUAUUAAAAUACAAAAUACAUAUUUUUGUAUUCUGUGACAGACAGAGACAGUGUAUUUCUUUUCGUACUUGAAAUAAUGUUAUUGGAAAGAAUAAAAAAUGAGGAACGGAAGUUUUCUUAGCAAGAAAAAGAAAGUAUUGGCACACUUGUGUUUUGAGAGUAACGAAAUCUCGGUUACGUGAAUUCUCGCUAUGUAAAGGUUUGCCAAUACUUUUGUGAUUAAUAAAUUUUAGUUUCUUUCUAUUCCUUUCGACAACAUUAUUUCGAGUUCGAAAAAAAGAAAUUUCUCUAUAUGCUUCAGAGUAUCAGAACAUGUAUUUGACAUUAAUAUAGUACCUAUACGUCGAGAUAUUUAAAGAUAAACAAGUGUGCCGAUAUUUCUUUCACCUUAUUGUGCAAUUUGUUAUAAUUGACUUCCUGCUCGAAACAAUUUUACAAGAAAGUUUCAUUAUAUGUUGAUUAUAUGUUGUUGUUGACAUAUUGUUGCUAUAUUGUUAUUUAUACAAGAAAUUCUAACUGCUACUCGUUCACUUCCCGUAUCUACGAAUUCAAAGGGUAACGUAAAUCAUUAUGAAUGCGGGAACAUGCUGUUUUCAUUUAGCUUUCUUUUAUCUUUCAGUAGAAUUUGACAAUGCGGAAUUAAACAGAAAAGAAAAGCGAACGAAAGCAGAAUCGCACCAACAUGCGACAUCAUUGUAACGUUUGAUACCAUAAGCUAAAAACAGAAAUAUGUUUCUCACGUAGUAGUGUGUCAAGAUCCCGGUACUUAUCGUAUCGUAUAACUGUUUACAAAGCUGUAAAUAUGUACAUAAUUUUCAUCGUUAUUAAAAUUCACUAUUA